AUGACUGAUAAUAAUAGUAAUAAUAAAAUAGUUAUAUUUCAAAAUGUGAUAAUCAAUGGUGAUAAUAAUAAUCUUGCACAAAUACAUUCGUUAGAUCAAAAUGGACAAUUACAUAUUGAACAACAUCAACAGAGCGUAAAAGAUCGUACAUCUAAUUUAUAUCGUUUAUGGACAAAUACACCACAAAAACUUGUUCGAAAUGUACGAGAUCUUUCACAGCGUUUAUCAAAUCGUUCUCGACAAUCUCAACAAAAACAUAAUACAAUGGUAUUCAAUGAUAAUCCAUACCAGGUCAAUGAUCAAUUUCAUUUACAACAAUCUCAGUUCGUCAGUGGAGGAAUUCUUCAACCAUCCCAACGUAAAAAUUCAUCUGAUUCCGAUUUAUCACUAUCAAAAUUAGAUAUAGCAGAAGAAUAUUCAACGCCCGGUGAUUUUAUUGAUAAUAAUUCAUUAAAUACAUCCAGACAACCAAGUGAAAUAACUAAAAACACAUUAACUGAUAAUAAUAAUGUAUCAUUUUUAACAUGGCCAUUGAAUACAUGUCGACAGUUAUAUUUUCGUUUUCAGCAACCAUUUCCAUUAGGAAGACGACAUAGGACAAAAACAAAUACAACACCAACCGGUAGCAAUAUACGUUUGACACAGUCAUCUAAUUAUAUGAAAAAUCAAAAUCAUUAUCUAUCCGGUCAACGUUUUUCAUGUUAUCGAACGUCAGAUGUCAAUAAUACAUUAUUUACACACAUUGCUAAAAAGAAUACACAUCGGGCUCGUCUACAGCUUCGGUUUCAAUAUGAUUCACUACAUAAAGAAUUGCACAUAUCUGUGCACGGUGCUAAAGAUCUUUUAUCAAGUGGAGAUAACUCAUUUGGUUCUCUUGUCUGUCAAUUAUCAUUGCAAGGAGGUUCGAAAGAACGAAAAUGUACAAAGCCACGUAUAUGUUCAUCAGAGGGAUGUUGCAUGUGGAAUCAACGACUGAGAUUUUUUGACGUGGAUGAUAUUGAAACAUUAUCAGUGAACGUUUUAAUCAUUGACGUAGACAAAAGCAAUGAACUUGUUGCUGAAAUACCCAUAUCAUUGAACAAAGUGAAUUUAAAUGGAUCACCUGAAUGGUAUCAUUUUAUUCCAAAAUCUUUCAUGAAACAUCUACAACAACAUAGCAUUGAUCAAACAACAAUAGUUCGAAGUGACAGUGAUAUAUCUGAAUUCGACACACCACGUAGUACAUCCAAAACACAGACUAUAUUGAAUGUGUCUACUGCUUUAUCAAAAGCAAAAACAAGUAAUAUUGAACAAUCUACUAUAGACAGCACUUCAACAAGUAAAAAGCGUCAACUACCGGUUAUUCCAUUAGCUGCUCAACAAGCAAGUCGAGAGAGAGUAUCACAAGAUAUACUAGAAAAAGCGAAACAAUUGAAAUUAAAGUUACAUUUAAGAGAAUUAGAAGAAAACGUUAAUAAAGAUGUAAAUGAGCCGGAUAUGGAACGUAGGCGUUCUUUGAUGUACGAUGAUAAUAGCAACAAUACAGUUGCGUAUCCACGUCAAUUUAGUAAUUCGUCGAUCAAUUUGCCAUCUAACGUUCGACAUCCGUCAACUGCACAACAACAACAAAUGAGAGCGAAAAGUUCUGAUCGGUCAGAAUUGGCACAGCAAAAACGAAUCAUGUAUGAAGAACGACUUAGACGCUUUGAUAAUGAAGCAAAAAAAUUUGAAUCUGUUGAUCAAACUAAACCAAUACCAGAACAAAUAACAAGUCAAUUACAACAGUACCCUGCUAAUUUGCCAUCUGUUCAUCCUCGAAGACAACAACAUGAACCAGAAAGAUUGUCACGUUCCUCAUCCCGUCCAUUUCAGUCAAGUAAAUCAAUUGAAUCAGAUGUGUUACCUACCACAUCUCAAACGCUACCCUAUCGAAAUUCAAAAGUAUUUGAAUCAAUGAUUAAUUUAUCCCGAACAACCGGGAAACAGCCAUCAUCAUUAGCAGCAACCACUCACACAACAACAGGCUUAAAAGAUCAAACAACAUCUCGUUUAAAAAUACCAAUUAUGCGAGAUAAAACCUCGGCAGCAGCAACUGAACAAUUAGCUUCAUUUAUGAUUCCAUCGGUGUCACCUACUGUAAAAAAGUCACAGCGAACAGAUAUGGAACGAACAAAAUUAAAAUCAUCAUUUGAUGAAAAAUAUCGAAAAACUAAGAAAAAAGAACCAGGAGAAUAUGAUUCAGAUGCAUCCGAAUUAUCAACAGCAUCAAAAAUUAGUUCUGUCAGUAUGCUAUCGACACAGUCUGAACGUCCACAUGGAAGUCGUAAAAUAGGAUCAAGUGGAACAGAUUUUAAUCAACCGAACAAAUUGAAUGAAGAUGAAGUACGUCAAAUGGCAAAUACGACAAUGGAUAGCAGUGGUCAAACGUUAUUUUCUUCCACAAUGCCACCCCCAACGGGAACAUCAACUGAUAAUACAAAAAUAUCUUCUUCAUCUACCCCAGUUGAUGUGCUGGAAAAAAGAGAAAAAAAUGAUGGAACAUUGUCCGAUUCUGUGUUAAGCACACAGCCGGAAAUACAGAAAAAACGUCGUCCAUCAAUGUCAUCUAAAGCCCUUGUUAUUCUUGGAUUAUCGAAAAAAAGUAAUAGUGCAUCAACUCUUGGCUAUGGCAAAAGAUUUGGGUUCCAGCGUAGUGAAGAAAUUGGUGUUCAACCACAUCUAAGAAACAAAUUGCUCGUUCGACAAACAAGCAAAGAAAAUGAAACUCCAGCUGAGAGUCAGACACCAGUACAAUCAACAUUAGCUCGAUCACAUGAUCGUGCCCAACAUCAUUCAUUACCACAUGACAUGAAACUAUGGUCUGGUACAUUAAAAAAUCCCCAUGAGCAUCAAUUUUGUGAAUUUAUCGAAGGACUCGGACUAGGACAAUUAGUUGGUAGACAAGUAUUGGCAUCUCCUUGUCAUGGUGAAAUUCAAAUUGGUCUUCACGAUCAGCAUGGAAUGCUCGAAGUAGAAAUUAUACGGGCAAGAAAUCUACUGCAAAAACCUCCAUACAAAACGCCACCAGCUCCUUACGCCAAAGUUUAUCUAUUAGAUGGUAAAGCGUGUGUGGAAAAACAACGAACAAGAACAACACGACGAACAUUAGAUCCACUUAUUCAACAACCACUUUUAUUUAAGGAAAAUUACAGACAGAAAGUUCUACAGAUAAGUGUUUGGGGUGAUUAUGGUAAACUUGAUCGAAAAGUUUUUAUGGGCGUCUGUCAAAUUAAUUUAGACGAUCUAAAUCUUAGUGUUCAUGUACUUGGUUGGUAUAAAUUAUUUUCAGCAAACUCUUUGAUGAGUAAUUAUACCGUUGUUCAACAAAAACGAAAAAAUUCACUUAGUUCAAAUGAUAGUACGUACUCAUUUGGAUCACAAAGUACAAUCAAAUCUACAAAAUCACUUUCAUCUAGAUUAUAG